AUGACAGAUAUGCAGGACACGAUGUUGCUGGGUAUGGAAGGAAUCAAGAAAACCAUCCUGCACGGAGGGACUGGAGAUAUCCCAAAACUCAUCACCGGGGCAAAGGUAACGUUCCACUUCCGUACCCAGCUGUGUGACGAUGACCGUACAGUGAUAGAUGACAGCAAAGUGGUAGGGACGCCUAUGGAGAUAGUGAUCGGCAACAUGUUUAAACUGGACAUCUGGGAGACCCUGCUGUCCUCCAUGAGGAUCGGUGAGGUGGCUGAAUUCUGGUGUGACAUCACUCACACUGGCAUCUACCCACUUGUGUCCAAGAGUAUGAGGCGCAUUGCAGAGGGCAAAGACCCAGUUGACUGGCACAUCCAUACAUGUGGUAUGGCCAACAUGUUUGCCUACCACAGCCUUGGCUACGACGACCUGGACGAGCUGAUGAAAGAACCAAAACCCCUCUACUUUGUCCUGGAACUGCUCAGAGUGCAGCAGCCCAGUGAGUACAACAGGGAGACAUGGGCUUUGAGUGAUGGGGAGAGGCUGAAGGUGGUCCCUGUGCUCCACGGCCAGGGGAACAAGCUCUACAAACAGGGACACUACCAACAGGCCACACAAAAAUACAAGGAGGCCAUAAUCUGCAUAAAGAAUGUUCAGACAAAGGAGAAAGCAUGGGAGGCCCCAUGGUUGAAGCUGGAAAAGAUGGCCAACACCUUAACCCUUAACUACUGCCAGUGUCUACUGCGCAUGGAAGAAUACUACGAGGCUAUCGAGCACACCAGCGACAUUAUUAACCAACACCCAGGCGUAGUGAAGGCCUUCUUCCUGCGAGGGAAGGCCCACAUGGAAGUGUGGAACGAGGCAGAGGCUCGGCAGGACUUCAGCAGGGUGCUGGACCUGGAGCCCGGCAUGAAAAAGGCUGUCAAGAGGGAGCUGGCCGUGCUCAACAUGCGCAUGGAGGAGAAGAACCAGGAGGACAAGAACAAAUACAAGGGCAUGUUUUGA